GGAUCAUCUACGACGUUAUUGUAGAACCGCCGAGCGUGGGCUCGAUGACCGACGAGCACGGACACCAGCGGCCCGUYGCCUUUCUGGCGUACAGAGUUAAUGGGCAGUACAUAAUGGAAGGACUGGCCUCCAGUUUCCUCUUCACGAUGGGCGGUUUGGGUUUUAUAAUCCUGGACCGGUCCAACGCGCCCAACAUUCCCAAACUCAACCGCUUCCUGCUGCUCUUCAUUGGGUUCGUCAGCGUCCUCCUCAGCUUCUUCAUGGCCMGAGUGUUCAUGCGCAUGAAGCUGCCAGGAUACCUGAUGGGAUAAGAGAMAAACACCAGUCAACAGAUGGAGUCAAACGGACUUUUUACAGAAAUGAUGCUCGCCUCAGACAGGAAGUGAAGUUUAGGUCAUGGAUAGAAGUUGAAUCAGAAAUCAAGGACAAAAAGCACUGAGUUGAUCAAGUCAAACUGCUCUUACAAGUCACAUCGGCCCCAAGUCUCUGAUGGUUUCUUACUUUAUUUCCCUUCAUUAAUCAUUUUUUAAUUAUUGGUUCUGUUUGGUUAAAAAUACACCUCUCUGCAACAACUUGUUUUUGUUGGUUUAAUUUUCCUUUACUCUAAUUUGCUAAAUAUAAACAGAUAAAAUGUUCACAGAGGAAGAAUCUCCUGAGCGAACGGAUCAUAGAAUAAAACGCUGCGAUUUAUUUUGAAAGGUGCCGAAAAUGUUCGUUUUUUGUAUAAAAACAAGGGAACCUGUAAAAGUUUCAUUUUUGUACAAGGUUGUCAAAAUAAAUCCUGUGRGAAGUUG